GCAACGAGCACCACACUAUGUAAGCCUUUAAAGAUUAUGAUUAAUAAUAAAACAAGAAAACAGUGCAAUUACAGUCUUUUCUAUUCAACAUCAUCUCUCUCCACCUUUACAUGGUGCCGAAAAUAUUCAGUUCUACUUAAUCUCCAACGGGCUGGGCCGGUAAACUUCGUGUCCGCGUGCGCGAUGCGCACACGCCAUAAUGGCGGCCGAAGAUAUCAAAAAAUUAAUUGCAGCCAGAGGCCAAUGUAAGGCUUCUAUGACGAGAAUGGAGAGGUUUCUCCAACAAGAGCCUCAAUUAUUUACUGUGGAGAGCUUGAAGACUAGAAAAGCGUCAAUGAACACCGUCUUCCAAAAGUAUCAAGACGUAUGCGUGCAAUUAUCAGUAUUAGAGCCAGAAAAUCACAAAGACGACUUGGACGACGACACAGAAGAUCGAUUUUACAGCAUUAUGACCGCUUUAGAGUGCGCGUUAAAUGUAAUAGAAAAAACAGCCCAACAAAAUACACAGACAGCAGAGGGCACUGGAAAAGCAGCGCGCUUGCCUUCGCUUGAUAUACCUGUCUUCGACGGGCGGGACGUCGCGCUCUACAAAUCAUUUAUCGAGAUGUUUGAGGCUGUAGUACAUCGCGACGCGCGAAUACCUGUCGUCCAGAAGCUGUGCUUUCUGAAAAAGUAUUUAAAGGGCGAGCCGCUGCAGCUUAUCGACAAUUUACCCAUAAUUGGAGCAUCAUAUGACUCUGCACUAGAACUACUCAAGAAACGGUAUGACAACCCAGCAUUAAUCAUCAGCAGCCACGUCAAUACACUCCUGGACAUACCAGCGUUGCACCGAGGCACUGCUCUACAGCUGCGAGACAUGGUGGCCAAGGUCCGGCAACAUCUCACCGCGCUACAAAACCUUGAGCAGCCAGUCACAUCAUGGGACGCCAUCCUAGCCUGCAUCUUGUUAAGAAAGUUAGAUUCCUUCACCGUGAGAUUGUAUCACUCCGAGAGGGACAACAGCGAGCAACACACUGCGAAGUUUCCCUCCUUCUGGCUGCAGAUAUCUUCUGCAGAGUAAUACAAGACGGAAAGGUUGAGGCAGGCCCUGAGGAUCCAGUGCUGCUGAACACGCGCCUUGGAUACAUCGUCUCGGGCAGAGUAAGUGUGAGUCCAUCAUACAAUUUUAAUACAGUUGCUAUGCAUACAAUGGUUAAUCCUGAUCUUGACUCUUGUGUAAGGCAAUUUUGGGAGGCCGAAAAGGUCCCUGAAGCAUAUCCAGAAAGCAUGCCAGAGCAGGAAUAUUGUGAGAAGAUUUUUUGGAGACAACCUCAUUGAACAGGGAUCGCUAUGAGGUUACUCUCCCAUUAAAAGUUAAUUUUAGCGAAAUAGAUCCUUCUAACUCCUUUGUAAUUGCUUUGCAAAGAUUAAAUAAUCUUCAAAAAAGGUUUGCAAAGGAACCUGAGUUUCAUAACUUAUACAAACAAUUCAUACAAGAAUACCUUGAUCUAGGUCACGCCAAAGUAAUUGAUCUAAAGGACUGUGACCCUACAGAGCAACCGGUAUUUUACCUGUCACAUCAUGGAAUUCUCCGGCCCGACAAAAUUACAAAUAAACUCCGGGCUGUAUUUGAUGGUAGUUUCAAAACUAAGGCAGGCCACAGUCUCAAUGACUAUUUAUGCAAUGGCCCUGUAGUCCAAAACUCAUUAUUUGAUAUCAUGAUGCUUUUUCGCACAUACAAGUACACGGUGCAGUGUGACAUACGUCACAUGUACCGCAUGAUAUCUAUGCACCCUGAGCAUAGACGCCUACAAAACAUUUUGUGGCGGGCAGAUGACACUUUACAGUGUUUACAAUUACAAACAAUAACUUAUGGAUUAAAAAGCAGUGCCUACCUUGCCACAAAGUGUCUUGUAGAGCUAGCAAAAAAAUACAAGGCUCAAUAUCCAUUGGCCAGUGAAGCUAUCAUCAAAAACAGCUAUGUAGAUGAUGUGCAAGGCGGCUCAGAUACACUUCAGGGAGCUUUACAACUAAAAAGUGAACUUAUUUCUCUAAUGAGCAAAGGUAGCUUUCAAUUACAUAAAUGGAUUUCCAAUGAGUCAGAAAUAUUGCAAGAUAUCCCUCAAGAAAAAAUUGGCCUUGCCAAGCAGGAUAUUGAUCAGGA